AUGGCCGAAGACUUACGAAAUUAUAAAUUGCAGUUACAACAGGUGGAGGCAGCUCUUCUUACUGAUCCCGAGAACGAAGAACUUCUCAAAUUAAAGACAGAUUUAGAAGAAGUAAUUGAAUUGACACAAGAUCUAAUAAAAACUCAAGAGGGUGAUAAAGUUCACGAUUUCCAUAGUUCUAGUAAUAAUGAUAAUGUUGCAGCUUCCCUGCUGGCCUAUGACAACGAGGCCUUCGGUAAUCCUGUUAUCAAAUGGCAUGUUGGAGAGAGAUGCCUUGCUAAGUGGAAAGCUGAUGGCAUGUUCUAUGAAGCUACUAUUGAGGAAAUUGGUAAUGAUAGUUUAAAAGUAAAAUUUGAUGGGUACACAACAUUAGAGGUGGUGUCUAUUCAUGAUAUUAAAUCUACAAAUUCUGGUGUUAAGCGGCCUCUUAGUGGUGAUGAAAGCAAGCAUGGAAAGGGUUACAAUCGAGAGUACCUUAAGAAGAAGAAGCAAAAGAAACAACAGAGGUUUAAACAAAUUGAGGAAGAAAGAGAAAGUGAGAAAAACAAAUGGUUGUCAUUUCAUUCAAAAUCAUUAAAGAAACCUGGUGUGAGGACUAAAAGUAUAUUUGCAUCACCUGACAAUUUGUCUGGUAGGGUAGGAAUAGGAACUUGUGGUAUAUCUGGAAAGCCAAUGACUGAGUAUACCCCUGGAGAAAAAUGGAAGAAAGGGGGUUAG